UGAGCGGGAAGAGGAGGGGCACAAAGCUUGGCCGUGUGCUCCUAAUUGUGCGUAUAGUUGGCGGUGGAUGAUGGAGAUGCUGCGAUAAUCACUGUGUUUUUGCAUUUGCGGUUGGCCACGAGGCGGGUGGRGGGURUAACUAGCUAGYURGUGCGACCCUUGAACUAGUGAAUAUAACUGCAGUUAUGGCUCCAUUCACGACGAAAAUACGUUGCGCACUAGAGGAUGGUGCCCUGCUCGAGAAGUAUGUGUGBCCUGCUGUGAGUGCUUCUCGGCAGCCCCGUCGUCGYGGUGGGGAAGAGGUUUUGAGUCUAGGAAGUGGCGAGAACAAGAGGCGGGGGCCAGAUGGUGAUGGAGGUGGAGGUAGCGGUGGAAAUGAGUGCGUCCUCCGUGGCAACCUAGUUUUUGUUGUCGUUGUCGCAAUUGCGCUUCUGGCGGCCUUGACCACCCCUGCAAGCUGUCUAUCCUUUCGAGAACACGAUUGGGUGCGUGGAAACCGCCGAUCAUCGUUUGUCCCUCUGGCGUUCAAAGGUUCAGAUGACAGCAUUCGAGGACCAAAUCACAUAGAUUCGAUCCAUCGUCGGAGGCUGAAGGGAAAUGCGCAGAUGCCACUCUUUGGAGGUGUUCUUCUUGGCGGGUACUACUAUGCCUAUGUUUAUCUAGGGACUCCACCCAUUUGCACUGAUUGUUGAUACCGGGAGCACAGCCUGUAUGUCCCUUGCCGCUCUUGUCUGAAGUGCGGAACAC